GAGGAAGAUCUUUGGCAGAUCAAUUAUUCUGUAAAAAGUUUAUAUUCAAAAUUUUUUAAAAAUGGUCGGGGGUUUUAGAAUUAUUACAUUAAUUGCAAUUAAUAGUUUAAUAGUGAUGUGUAAAGCACAAAUAAAUAUGACUUCUUAUAAAAAUAUGCCUCCCUUAUAUAUUUUUGAGGAUUACAAUCAGUGUUUGCAUAAAAACUAUACACAUUUACCUCGCAUAUAUUGCCUAACUUAUGCAGAAAUAAUACCAGAUGUUAUAUCUCCAUUAUGGCAGCAGAUUGAAGAAUUUUCCAACUCCUAUCAAUUUCACUACAGACAUGAUCAUCUAUUUCGUGGAAUGUGUUUAAAGAAUGUUAUGAAUUCUACUGAAGGAGAUUUGGAAAUGUGGAAAAACACAACAUUUAAAGAAAAUGAGAUAACAGAUAUCUUUAAACGAAUAUUUAAUAAUAACAAACAUGAUAAUAUCAAAUUGGAAUAUGAACAUGAAAUAGACACACGUUUAAAUGAGGAAUUUAAUGAUCUGUAUAAUUUGAGUUUACAAACUUUAACACUGUAUUGUGAUAGUCCUGAAUUUGAAAAAGAAAAAG